AUGCUGCUAUCAUGCUUACGAGGCCUUGCUGUUCUAUGGCUUACGCACCGUUUCGUACUAUCACUGAAUCCAUGCAUGAUCGACCGCGAUGCUUGCGUGCCCAUCGAAGAUUUCGAGGUCAACUGCACUUGUAUCCUCACAGCAAAGGAGCCUAUCAAUGCUACUGAUGAUGUAUACAUGUUCUUUAUGGGACACCAAUUUCCACUAUAUCUGUUCAGGCAGAUAAAAAUGCCACAAAUUUUUCGCAAAAAGCUGGACGUGCGAAUACCAUCGGAACAAGAUUUCCAAGCUUCCUUUGACUUGCCCGACACAAUCUACAAGAAUCUCCGCUUUGAAGAAAACAUGGCUCUAUUUAUGGCUAAUUCUUCAGCAAGUGCAGCCAUCCUUCAUCAUUUGAUCAAUGAAAGUUACAUUCGAACUCCGGAUCUGCGUGAGAACUCGGACAAAUGGUGCGCUGAAGGCGAAUGUGCGGCAUUUGUACAUCGAGAAGCGCCAUUUAACAAAUCGUCAGGCAUAUAUGCUCACAUGGCCGAUUUACUUCAUAUAAUCGAAAUGAGAGGACGGUCUAUAUUUGCUGUUUCGUCGGUUUUCGCAGAAUUCGAUCUUCCUAAGGUACACAGCCUUUUAUGUGGUUACAAAUGUGCUAAAUUUUACUGGAACGAGGGUGUACUCUGUCGACAAAAGUGUGCGCAAAAGUAG